CAGUCUACUAUCGGACAACAUGGAGGACUCUGGAUACAUGAAGAUAUUAACAGCUCAAUCUAAGUGUCAUUGAUAGUGCGCUUUACUGUGCUAUCUUGGGCUCAAAUCCAAGAGAGUGGCUCAGAUGACAUCAUUGCACACAUCGUGCAUCAUCUCCUGCCAGCUCAGCGGGAAAAAGACAACCUCAGGCUUGUCAGUGGUCUUGUGGACGGCAGCGCUGAAGGUACAGCAGCAGCACAGUGCGUCGAGCGGAGAGAUGGAGGCAGAGCUGGCCGGCUGCGAGAGCGUCUGAACCGGAGAGGAGGACAACAGCUGAAGAGGGGAUAAAAACCAUGUUUGCUCCUGAAUAAUCAUCAUCUUCACGCCAAAAAUCAGGAUCAUCUCAGAAAGCGUCAUGAAACCAGUCCUGCAUUGAGCCUCUCCUCGGUGGGUUGGCAUGGCCCAGUGAUGAACGGAGCGGUGGUGCCCGGUAGCCCGGAGCUCUCCUCCUCGUGCCCACUGCCAGACUGGCGAGAGUUCUGUGAGCUCCAUGCUCGAGCCUCUGCUGCAGACUUUGCUGACAAGUUCCAGCGCUUCCUGUUGGAGAACCCCUGCUACGACUCGCCCGGUGCCGAUGCCAGCUUCUCCCAACACUUUGCCCACCACUUCCUGGAGUGCUUCUCUGCAGCGCUGACCCAGGCCCGAGAGAACCAGGCGUCCUCGCCGGGGGAGGACGGCUCCAACGCAGCACCAAAGUACAGCAUCGUUCCUUUCCUGGGAAUCCAGGGCUGCCCGCUGUCCUACGGUCACGACCUUUACCAGAGACGCAAGGACGCCGGGGCUUCAAGUGAAUCCCUGGACAGCAUGGACAGUGGAGGGGGAGGGAUAGAUGGGGGAGGUAGCGGCACCACCGCCUCCCGAGGCCCCCAACCAACCCACAAGGUGUCUGCUCUGGGACAAUCCCGCAGCUCAGAGGACGUGUCGGUUAGUCACCCAAAGGCUCGCUUCAAGAAGGGCUUCUCCCUGAGGAACAUGAGCCUGUGUGUGGUGGAUGGGGUGAAGGAGAUGUGGCACAGACGGGCUUCCCCUGAACCUGACGGCCCCUCUGGAGCCAGGAGGGCUAACGGGGGAGGAGGGGGAGGUGGAGGAGGAGGAGGGGAGGCUGUAGGGGGAGAGAAAUGGUCCCAAAAGCUGCGGCUUCCCCGGGGCUCCCAGGGGCACAAGGCUGAGAUGCUGGAGAUCCAGAGGGAGGGAGCGUUGAGGUACAUGGUGGCUGACGACACAAACUGUAUGGGUGCUGCUCAGUGGCAGAAGUGCCGCCUGCUGCUGAGGAAGACGAAGAGGGACGAAGGAGGCGAGAGGUUCCUGCUGGAGUUCUACGUACCACCAAAGUCCUCAAAGCCCAAAGUGAGCAUCCCUCUGUCAGCCAUUGUGGAGGUGAGGACCACCAUGCCGCUGGAGAUGCCUGACAAGGACAACACUUUUGUUCUUAAGGUGGAAAAUGGGGGAGAGUACAUCCUGGAAACCAUCGACUCGUUGCAGAAAAACUCCUGGGUCGCCGACAUCCAGGACUGCAUAGACCCCGGUGACAGUGGCGAUGACAUCGAGCUGGCAUCUUGUCCUCACGGACAGGCCUCCAAAGACUGCUCCAUGGUGGCCUCUUGCAGCUGUGAGCUGCUGUCUGAGGGUGUGUAUCGUGCUCCUGAGAGGUCGUGUCCUACAGCAGCAGAGCAUUACAGCGCCCCCUCAGUCCGUUGCAGGGAACCCCCAUUCACCCAGCACCCAUCCCACAUGCCUUUAGAGCGCUUCCUCCAGUCCCCCGAGGCCCAGGGCUCCAACUCUGCAGGUGGCAGUGAAGGAGCAAAAGAGUCAGACGGCGAUGCCAGUCUGGCUGGUUACCCAUGGUUCCAUGGUACGCUGUCCCGCGUACGUGCAGCUCAGUUGGUGCUUGCAGGUGGGGCCAGAAGCCACGGGCUCUUUGUGAUUCGUCAGAGUGAGACGCGGCCGGGCGAGUACGUCCUCACCUUCAACUUUCAGGGCAAAGCCAAGCACUUGCGUUUGUCAGUGAAUGAGAACGGGCAGUGCCACGUUCACCACUUGUGGUUCCACACCGUGUCGGACAUGUUAAGACAUUUCCACGCCCACCCCAUCCCCCUCGAAUCUGGAGGCUCUGCUGACAUCACAUUACGCUCCUAUGUACAAGUGCAGCGAAGCUCCACCACAGAUGUGACUGUGCCUCCAGUCCCCACCCCACCCAGGGAUGCAGGCUGCCGGACAGAUUCAGCCCAGCCUGCUCUCCACCCUCCUGGAAUCCCAGCGCCUGCAGGACCCCCUCCUGACGCCCCGCUCUCCUCCAGCACCUCUUCCUCACCCACUGCCCUUCCCUCCCUCUCCCGCAGUGACCCAGGUACCGGAGGAGGAGUGGGAGGAGGGUUACAGAGCCGGAGCAACAGCUCUGAACGCCUGCUGGAGGCCUCUAGUGGUGGAUCUGACGACUACCACGAUGCUGACGGGACUCGCCGGGCCCGGGCAGUGGAGAAUCAGUACUCUUUCUACUAAACGGCCCAGGGCAGGGUUAAGCAUUGUGUCGGAGAUGACAUGGGACUCUCCUCUGGCGAUGAAAACGGUCCAAAUCACUGGAUCACCCAUUGUUUUGUUCGUUUGUUUUUGUUUCAAGGCAAUUUCCUGUUUCUCUGAUUUGGGAAGGGAGGUGGCGAGCGGUGUGUCCGUGCUGAUGAAUCCCUCAGGCUCUGCAGCUUCGCAGAAAGUCAGUUAACAGUGAAACCAGAAGGAAGAAAAUGUUAAGAUGAAGAUGAGACCAGCGGGGUGAGAUGAGUGUAGGCGGCAAAAGCAAAAGGAAGUCAUCCAGUGGAGUCAUAUGGCUUUGAUUUAUCUCAUCUGACCACUUCCUCUUCACCCUUACCCACAGUUCCCUGGGAGCAGAGCCUGUGUCACCGCCCCGCUGUAGGAUUGAAAGUUUGAAGUGACCCUGAAGAAACAGUCCCUCCCCUCAGAGCUCCUCCAAGCUCCCGGGAGCAUCCCAUUAAUGUUUAUAAAGCUGCUUUGAGUCUGUCCCGGAUAUCCUCACUGUCCCUGCAGGGUUUCCCCACAAAGUCCUGCUCCGCUAGUCUCCGCUAACAUCAGUACAGCAAUCAUGGGUGUGUUAGUGUUAGCUCAGAGAUGUUUUUCUUAAACGUGUACAGCCUAAAGGGUCUUAGUGCCUGACAAUUACCUUGGACUUGAACGGACUGUUGCCCGAAGUGACAGGGAGGAUGGUGUUGAGAUCUUUCAUAAUCACAAAAGCCCAAAAAUGUAAUGCAGGUGAUACAUUUCCAGUCCUAUUCUCCUUAAAACACACUGAACAUGGAUAUCUCUGCAUACUGACACCUCACAGUUUCAUUAGCACACACACUGAUGGUCAUAUGUUGUGUUGCAGAUCAGCUUAAAAAGUUCAGUCUGUAUGAAUAUGGCAGGGUGACUUCCAUUUUGCUGUCAUACCGGGUUACUUCUAUGAGUGUGUGGUGGUGUAUUAGAGUCCAAAUAUUUUUCAAUGAUCGGUGUGCUACAGUAGUGUUUCUAAAACAUGGUUUUCGAGGUCCCUCCGUCUGGUGCUGGUUCUGUAUCCAAGCUUAUCAUAUCAAUAACCUGUAGAUUAGAUAUGCUGUUAAUAUAGGAUUUCACUUUGAAGUAAUGCCUUGAAGAUAUUAUUCUAUCAAAAUCCAGCAUUUAGGCUAUCGGGGGGACUUGGGACUUGUUUUAUAGAACAAUGGCGAAAUGCGUGCUGUUUGUGCGGCCUGGUGUGGACUGGAAUGAUACUGGCAGUAAAGGGUACUAGAUGACCGUGCUUGGACAGGGAGAUGACACAUUGCUGCUUUACUUUAUGCUGACAGAGUACAGAACUUUUUAAGUUGAUAAUUUGAAAGAAAAAAUACAAUGCACACCAUAAAAUACUCAUGUUACUGUAAGAACUGAUACCAUGUUCCUAGACAUUCAUAACAACACUUGAGUAUUCUCAUGUCAGUUACUCACCUCGUGUUAUGUUGAAUUUGCAUUGAAAACCUUGCUUUUCUGGCAUAAAACCAUGGUGAACAGAGAAUCCAAAAACUGAGAAAAUUCUUGAUGAACUGAGAUAAGGGGGGAGAGGAUUAAACAACAGCAAAAAACACAUCACAACAUCCAUCUCCAGUUGAAUGCUCAGUAUUUCACACGCGGAUGCAUUUUUGCUAAAACCUUGUAUUGCACUGGGGCAAGCUUGUAUGUUCGGACCCUGCUUUGAGUCCAAACAUGACUCGUUUCACUAUCGGGAUUUCAUCCACUUGAUCUUGCAAAAGUGUGCACUCACUUGUUCUAAAUUUACGUGCACUCUUGAAUUAAUGGGGGCCUGCCUUCAUCACUGUAUCCAGUUCUCUUUAAACACAUCCAUGGCUUUCCCAGGCACGCUACUCAUCAGUGCAUGAGACUGUUUGUGUGGAAGUAUUUUAAACAUUAAGGUUUAGGCAAGAAUGUAUGUGUUUGUGAAGUACUGAGCAUACGACUGGAUAAAUGAGACUUGGAUUAUGCUGCAGGAGUUUUGUGAGAGUUUGUUAACUGCUGUUUUGAUGUAGAUUUGCUGUUGUCAAACAUGGUCCCCCUUUUAUUUAAAAUCAUUGAAAUUGUUUGCCAUUUUUGGAUUUUUGGUUCAUUCUAGAGAC